UAAUUCUUCCAGCAGUGAUGAUGCAUACGUUUUUGCAGUUGAUGCUGAGAAACUUUCAGACUUGCCACAAACUCAGAUCAAACUGAAUGGAUUUACUAUAUCCGUUCUGAUAGAUUCAGGAGCCUCAGCAAACUGUCUCAGUCAAACAUGUUUUGAGCAACUGAAACCACGCCCACAACUUUGCCCCACUGAAACAAAAAUCUAUCCUUUCCGUUCCACUGUUUCCUUACCUGUCAGUGGUGUAUUUAAGUGCUGUGUGGCAAAGCGAAGCAAAAAGAUUAUGUGCACGUUCUUUGUGAUUAAAGGUGAAGGAUGUAAUAUUCUCAGUUACAAGACAUCCACAGCGCUUGGACUAAUCAGUGUGGUCACUGCAGUUUCAACUUCAGGACCAGGUGGUUCGGUUGCAGAUGCACUUGUGGCUAGUCACCCAGAACUGUUCAAAGGCAUCGGGAAACUGAAAAACUUUCAGGUGAAGCUUCACAUAAAUCCUGACAUCAGACCCACAAUACAACCACAUCGACGUGUACCCUUUCAUAUUCGAAAGAAAGUGGACGAAGAGCUUUACAAACUUGAGGCAGAUGACAUCAUUGAGGAUGUUACUGGACCAACACCAUGGGUCUCACCUAUUGUCACACCACCAAAGCCCAAGGACCCCAAUAAAGUUAGGAUCUGUGUCGACAUGCGUCAAGCAAACGUGGCUAUUGAGAGAGAACGCCACAUCACCCCUACCAUGGAUGACAUAGUUCAUGAGUUAAAUGGAGCUACAGUUUUUUCGAAACUAGAUCUGAGAGCUGGAUAUCAUCAGUUGGAGCUACACCCUGACAGUCGAUACAUCACCACAUUCACCACCCACCGAGGACUCAAGCGCUACAAACGACUCAGUUUUGGAAUAUCAUCUGCUGCUGAGGUAUUUCAAAACGCCAUCUGUCAGACUCUCCAAGGUCUGUCUGGUGUGAAGAAUUUCAGUGAUGACAUCAUAGUUUUUGGUGCCUCACAGGCUGAACAUGAUGACAACCUUAGAGCUCUGUUCCAUAGGCUAAAGGAAAGUGGCCUCACUCUUAACAAAGAAAAAUGUGAAUUUAACAAAUCCAAACUGGAGUUCUUUGGUUUCAUUUUCUCUGCUGAUGGUGUGUCCACAGACCCAAAAAAAGUCGCUGCUGUUCACCAGGCCUCUGACCCCAAGACUCCCAGUGACAUCAAAAGUCUCCUUGGCAUGGCCAAUUACUGUUCCAGGUUCAUCAAGGACUUCUCGUCCAUCACUGAGCCACUACGCAAACUCACAAGAAAAGAUGCAACUUGGGCGUGGGGCCCGGACCAGCAGAUUGCACUGCAAAAACUGAAAGACGGUCUUACUAGUGACACGGUUUUGUCCUACUUCUAUCCAGGCAGAGAGACAGAAUUACUGGUGGAUGCUAGCCCGGUUGGCCUGGGUGCCAUCCUCUGCCAGCGAGAUGAAACAGCAGAAAGACAUGUCAUAGCCUAUGCAAGUAGAGCUCUCAGUGACGUUGAGACCAGAUAUUCUCAGACAGAGAAAGAAGCACUGGCUAUUGUUUGGAGCUGUGAGCAUUUUCACCUUUACCUCUAUGGUCAUCCAUUCACACUUGUCACUGAUCAUAAAGCUUUGGAAGCCAUAUGGAACAAUCCCAAGUCAAAACCACCUGCCAGAAUUGAAAGAUGGGGCCUGAGGCUUCAGCCCUAUAACUUCAGGGUGGAGUACAGAAAGGGAGCUGAAAAUCCGGCUGACUACAUGUCUCGACACCCCAUGCUUUCUCCAUCAUGUGAGAGCACACGUGCUACUAAGGUGGCUGAGGAGUACGUGAAUUUUGCCGCAACUCAUUCAACACCUAAAGCUAUGACACUCACAGAGAUAAAGGCCGAAACACUGAAGGAUCCGGUGCUUCAAGAGGUUUCCACGUUCAUCAGAGACAACAAUUGGCAUCAAAGCCACAAGUCCCUGCAUGCAGAUAUGCUGGACCGCUUCAAACGAGUGAGUGAAGAACUGACAACAUCGCCCUCAUCGGACAUCAUUCUACGUGGUACCAGAUUAGUGAUUCCGGCUGCUCUACAAGAUAGAGUGAUUCAGCUCGCUCAUGAGGGACAUCAAGGAGUAGUUAAGACCAAAGCACUGCUCAGAUCCAAAGUCUGGUUUCCAAAUAUAGAUCAGAAGGCAGAGACUGCCGUACGUGAUUGCAUUGCAUGUCAAGCUGCUACACCAGUUACCAAUAAUGAACCGUUAAGAAUGUCGCCUCUUCCUGAAACUCCGUGGCACCGCGUGAGUGCAGAUUUUUGUGGACCAUUUCCCACUGGGGAAUAUUUACUUGUUAUUAUAGAUGAGUAUACACGUUACCCAGUCGUUGAAAUUGUGAGGUCAACCUCAGCUAACACAGUCAUUCCUGUCAUGGACAAAGUGUUCUCGUUGUUCGGGAUUCCUGCAGUUGUGAAAACUGAUAACGGCCCACCAUUUAAUGGUGAUCAGUUCUCCCAGUUUGCAACCUAUCUCGGGUUUCAUCAUCAUCGUACAACGCCACUUUGGCCCCAAGCCAAUGCUGCAGCUGAAAGAUUCAUGCGCACGCUAGGAAAAGCCAUAAGAGUGGCAAACUCACAAGGAAUUCCCUGGAAACAACAGCUAAACAUCUUUCUACGAGAAUAUAGAGCUACACCUCACAGCACAACUCAGAGCUCUCCUGCCGAGCUCUUGUUUCAACGCCAGAUGCGCACGAAGAUACCUUCACUUCCUUCUUCCACAGGAAAUUAUUCGGACUGUAGAGUGAGAGCAAGAGAUAGUGCGGCUAAAGCUAAGAUGAAAUCUUAUGCAGAUGUGCGGCGUCAUGCUACACCACAUGCUCUUGCUCCUGGUGACGUUGUGCUGCACAAGCAAACCAAGCAUUGCAAGCUUACUACACCAUAUAAUACCAGACCAUACAAAGUGAAGGACAUCAAAGGAUCCAUGAUCACAGCCACCAGAAAUGGACACUCUGUGACAAGGAACUCUUCGUUCUUCAAACGGAUUACCCCACGGCUUCUGGAGAUGCCACUUCAUCCUGAUGAUGAUGCCCCAGAGCCCGGUGAGAACCCUUCCAUCACCUCAUCACCACGCUACCCUAAAAGGAGCAACAGACAUCCUCCUACUUACUUACAGGACUAUACUUAGCACACAAAUACAUUUGUGUGGUGUAGUAACAUCGAAUGAAGACGAACAGAAAUCAGAAUGUUGUUCAUUCCUGACUUAAUUCAGUUUCUUUUUAUUUUAAUCACUGGCUGCAUGGUUAUAUAUUUAGGAACAUAAUUUCUUUCAUUUGUCGGUUCAAAAUUGUUUGUGGACUAGAAUGCACACAUGUUUAAGGUCACACAUGUUAAAAAAAAAAAAAAAAAAAAGAGCAAUGUGGUGUUCACAUUUGUGUGACAUGUUUGGUGUGAAACUACCCCAUCUAGUGGCAAAAAGAGAUAUAUACUCAAACAGGUGUAAAACACCGGGAGACGGUUCUAGAGGGAUGUAAUGAGGCGUGUUCGGAAAUAAAGCCGAUACUUGGUUGCA